GCAAAGUGUUGUAUCUCGACCCAGAGCAGAAUCUAAAGAAAGAGCUAUGUCACAGUCUACAUGUAAAAUUAUGUGGAUACAUAAUCUUCUUACUAAAAUUGGGUUAAAGCAUCACAUAUCAGCAAAACUCUGGUGUGAUAAUCAAACUGCUCUUCAUAUUGCCUUGAACCCUGUAUCAUGAAAGAACAAAACAUAUUGACUUUGAUUGCCAUUUUAUUAGUGAGAAGAUUCAGGAAAGGUUAAUUUCCACCAUGUUAGGAUAUAAGCGUCCACUAACACUCAAUGAAUCGGGUCUCUUGACACAGUAAGAACAAUAAUGCAAGCACAAACAGUAAGUAAAGCAACACAAGCACUUCACAUGGAGAAGAUUCAGGAAAGGCUAAUUUCCACCGGCUAUGUCCAGCUCAUCACUUUGUCAAUUUCUGAUCUAAACAGAAUUUGAUCAUCCCUAACUAACUUUACCAUCUAUAUAUCUCUUCAAGAAUCGCUUAUUUUCUGUUGCAAUUCUCUCUCAAUAACUGCAUUCAGUUCAAAGAGAAAGAUCUCAUUUUCAAUCUACAUUUAUCACUUUUUAGUCAGAUGCAGUUCUUCUACUUCGUUUUGGUAUCUCUGUUGUGUUUUCUUUCAACCCAUUAAUGGUGUUGAUGUGAGAACAGUGGUGGGGUUGUUGAAUUUUCUGUUUCUGGGCAUUUCUGGUUUCUGGGUGUAGUGUUGAUUGAUAUUCACGAACUUGUACUCUGUUUGUGUGUCAGUUGGAUUCAUUCUUGUGUUUUUUAUCGACAUUGAAUUUUAGUGUUGUUUGUUCGGAAUUCAGGGGAAAUUGAAUUUGGGUUUUUCUGCUAGUGUUGAAUUAUUGGAGUUUUGGGGUACAUUUCUACAUUUUCGAUCAGCUAUUAGCUAUACAUUUUUAUUGUUCUGUGAGUUUAAGAAGGAAAUGAAAGAUGGUUUCGUGGCUGGAUAGGACUGUAGCAGCUUGUUGCCAACCUUCUGAUCGAUAUGUCGAUUUUAGCAAUGGUGAAGAUGGUGUUCUGGGAGGUGAAGAUUACCCAUUGCUAUGGUAUAGAGACCUUGAGAAACAUUCAUGUGGCGAGUUCUCUUUUGCUAUUGUACAGGCUAAUCAAGUAUGCGAAGAUUAUGGCCACGUUGAACCAGGUCGUGAAGGUACCUUUGUUGGGGUUUAUGACGGCCAUGGUGGCCUCGAUGCUUCAAGAUUUGCCUGUGAUAACCUUAGCCGGCAUUUAAUAAUGCUUGCUCGAGAAAAUGGAACAAUAGAUGAAGAAGUCCUUAAUAAUGCCUUUGCUGCAACUGAAGAUGGCUUCCUUUCUAUUGUGGAAAGGGAAUUUCAUAUUCUUGAUCCAGGAAUUGCGUCAACGGGGUCCUGCUGUCUGGUUGGUGUUAUCUGGAAACGGACGUUAUAUGUUGCUAACCUGGGGGACUCUAGAGCAGUAUUAUGUCAUACAGGAAGAUACAAUAGGAUUUCUGCUAAGCAAUUGACUAAUGAUCAUAAUGUCAGGGAUGAACUGAGAGCUCUUCACCCAGACGAUCCAAACAUUGUGAUUGGUUUCGGGGGAAGAACAUGGUGUAUUAAAGGCAUUAUAAAGGUAACUAGAGCAAUUGGAGAUGCAUCUAUGAAGAAGCCAGAAUUUGCUCAUGGUGUGAUGAAACCUUUUAGGGGGCCAGUAGUAAGAGCUGAUCCAUCUGUCUCUUCAAGAAAGUUACAGCCAUGCGAUAGAUUUGUUAUAUUUGCUUCUGCUGGGCUGUGGGAUCUCUUAAGCAACGAAGAGGCUGUACAAAUUGUGCAUACCUACCCUAGACAGGGCAUAGCUAGAAGACUUGUUCUAUCAGCCCUGAAUGUGGCUGCACGUGCAAGAAAGUUGACGCGCGAUGACCUUAUGAAUUUUGACAAAGGUGUCAGGAGGGCCUUUCAUGAUGAUAUAACAGUCGUGGUCAUCUUUAUUGAUCACGAGAAGCUGAAUGACAAAUUAACUGUACCUGGCAUGUCAGUUCGAGGAUUUGUAGACACUCAUCGACCAACAGAUUUUAACAUUGAGCAAGAGGUUGCUACAGAGACCGAACACACAGCAAUCGAACCCACAGGGACUGAACCCACGGAGACUGAACCCACAGAGACUGAACCCACAGGGACCGAACCCACAGGGACCGAAGCCACAGGGACUGAACCCACAGAGACUGAACACACAGUGACCGAACCCACAGAGACCGAAACCACAGAGACUGAACUCACUGAGACGAUAUAACAAGUAUUUGGCACUUGUUCUUUUCUAGGGAAGCCUGGAUCUCCCAUUAUUGCCUCGUUUUACCAAUUAACAUUUUGAUAUACAGUCCAGAUGAUCAGCAAGACUAUUAGGUUACCCAUAUCCAAAUGGUCAUCGGCAAAUUUUGAAUGUACAAACACUUGCUGAGGACACUACCUCCUAUUGUUUGCUUACCACAAUAUAUUUGAAUGUAAGGCCAUAAAAGUUGGCAUUGUGAUCGGAAAAAAAAAAUACAUUCUGUUUCAAGAUGUAUACACAUUCUUGCCUUUAGAAGAUUUCAUGCUUGUUCUAAAAAUUGUGCCCUUGUCUAAAACUAUGCAAACAUGGAAUGAAAUUUGGUGAAAAUAAAUCUUUUUUCUAAA